AUGCCUUCAACUAUCCGGGCAAAGCAUCUGGUGCCAGGUGACAAGAUAGCAUUUAUCUCACCCUCGGAGCGGAUCAACAGUUCACUCCCUGCCGUCAUAGACCGAGCUACGACUGUUCUCACAAAUAAGGGCUAUAAGGUCGAAACUUUCUUUGGUGAAGACAAAGGCAUUCAGUCCUGCAUCAGCAAUCGUCUGUCAGAAAUCCGCGCGGCUUUCUCAGACCCUAGCAUCUCUGCCAUUAUCACCACUAUCGGUGGCACAACCUUCACGGAACUUCUUCCGGCCCUAAUCGCCGAUAAAGAGCUUCAUGAGAUCAUUCGCGCCAAUCCCAAAAUUGUGGUUGGCUAUUCCGAUAUUACGGGACUGCACUGGUUCUUGCAUGCCUUGACCGGUUUAAGGACUUUCUACGGACCGGGUGCUGUUCCCGAGAUCGGUGAGCCGAACGACAUUAACGAUAAGGACACACCACUGUCCUUUUGCGUUGAUAACUUGUUGCGCGCUAUUGCAUCUCCUGAGCCGCUGGGCCAGAUUCCCCGAUCCAACUACUACGCUCCAAGAGGAGCGCCCUUCUUCGCCGACCCCGAAUCCACAGAGCCACCUCAAGUCGUCAAGACGAGCGAGUGGCAGUGGCUAAGGCACGGCAAGGCCCAGGGUCGUUUGUUCGGCGGCUGUCUCACAGUUGCAGCGCGCUUAGUCGGUAUCUCGCCUAUCGUUCCCGACUGGCGAGGCCGAAUCGUCUUCCUUGAGACAGCUACAAACGAGGAUGGCAGCGGCGGAAAUCCUCCUCACCGCGUACAGGCGGCGUUUGCAGACUUGAUAGCCCACGGGAUCUUUGAAGAGGCAGCAGGACUUGUUGUGGGCCGACCCUACGGGUAUGACUCCGAGGAGGAUAGGGAGGUUUAUGCAGGUAUAAUCAAGGGCCUUUUCUGCGAGGGACGUCUCGCAGAGAAGAACUUCCCAAUUCUGUUUAAUGUGGAUAUUGGGCAUACCGUGCCGAUGGUAACACUGCCUUACGAUGCUUUGGCUGAGCUUGAUUCUGAGACGGGUACUUUUGCUGUGUUGGAAUCUGGGGUUGAGUAG